AUGGCGGGUACAGAUAAAGAAUCAGAAACACAGACUGAUGAUAUUCGGGCAGCGUCUCAUGAAAAUGUAACCCAAACUUGUAAACUUUCUGACAACCCUCAACAAAGCUACAUUGGUAAAACACUACUCAAUAAUCUUCAUGGAAGUGGCAUCUACUUCUUAGAAAAACCGAACAAGAAAAUCUACAUCGAUGGACUUUUUUAUUGCAAUAAACUCGAAGGUUAUGGGCAUGUUUUCUAUGGAGAUGGCUCUUCCUUUCAAGGGCUAUUCAAGGAUAACAGAAGAUUUGGUCCUGGAGUAUUUACGUACCCAAACGGUAAUCAAGACGUCGGUAUUUGGAAUGGAUUUUCAUUAGUGAGGUUGAGUAGUCCUGUCCAUGAAUUCUUCCUACCAAAACUAGCAGAAUCUGCUAGGGGAUUAGCACAACUUUUAAGGUACAGGGACCAGUUGAAUAACUCACCAGAUGAGCUAGAGAGAAUUGAGGGUGAAUUGGAGAAGAUCGAGACCAUUCUGGCUAACCUUCAAAAAGUGAAACCUGCCCUUUUCGAGAAGAUACAGUACUGCAAAACCUGUUGCUAUCAGCCUGAACGAAUUGAAAGUAGAAUAUCUUCACAAAAAUCUGGUAGUGAUGUACCAAACUCAUCUUUUAGAUUUUCGAAUGUAGAUGAUUUGAGAUCAACUAUGACUGAAACAAUGACAUUCGAUGACACGGCGAGCUAUGCUAUUUCUGAAGGAAUUAUCAGCUUACCAGAGGAAAUCGAGAAAAUCUAUCAGGGUACCUGUGUAUGUGAUGAAGAAAUGGGUAUUGAAGACUUGGCGUUUUUGGAAAAACAGUACGAGGAUUUGAUGGAAGAAGAACUAUUUUAUAAUAAUAUCAGAAGAGGUUUGAGUGACAGACUAACAAGACACUCAUUAGAAAUAAGACACAAUUCAAUAACUCAAUUUGAAACUGAUGAAAUCAAAGAAGUGUUAGCAUGGAACAACGAGAAAUUGAUGAUUGAUAUCUUGAAACAUAGUUUCUUACACCGUAAGUCAGAAAACAGGCUAAAUGUGAAGCUAUCAGCAAUAUUCGAAUCACAAAGAUUCAUUGAAUUUUCGCACCGCGGGCAUUAUGAGUUGAAUUGUGAGAAUUUUCUGGCAGAAUCUGGUUCAGGGUAUUUUCCCAAAGUCAUGGAUCAUUUGAGAAAGCCCAAUGUCGAUGUGAAUGUGACCGAUGCAAGUGGAAAUAAUGCUGUGUUUUUUGCUGCUGCGAAUCAUAAUAGAGACAUUAUCCGAGUUUUAGUGAAUUUUGGUGCAAACUUGAACCAAAUCAACGACGAAGGACUUACACCUUUGAAUAUGUGUAUUUUGUCAUACCUAGCUGAACAGAACAAGAUCGAAGAUUGGGAAAGUGCUUUUCUACCUGAAGAUUCUAUUUGUUUGGACGAAAUUGAACAUCUCAAAUGGUACCCCGGAAUAUCGAUGAAUAUAAAAACAGGAGGAACUCUCAAAUCCUCGAAACGAGGUAGUCUUACGCAGACUUAUUUUUUCAAUACUAAAUAUAGAGAAGAAGAUACAACAGAUAGUGAAAAUGAGGUCGCUUCACAUGGUUCGAAGAGAGACGAUCUAUUUAAAAAUUAUCCAGGAGAUAGUACAAUCAUCAGCCUAUUGAACUUUGGGGCUGAUCCCAAUAUUGGGCAUGUUCCAUUUCCAGCUUUAGCGUUAUCAUUGUACACUGAAAAUCAUCACUUGGUCGAGAAGAUUUUGGAAUCUGGAGCUGAUACUCAAGUCAAAACAUCUGACGAAAACCUCACUUGUCUACAUAUCAUGGCCAGUAUAGAAUGUAGCAAGCAGAAUGUUGAAAUUUGCUCUGUCUUGUUGAAAUAUGGCUGCGAUCCAAAUGUGAAGACUGAUGAAGAUCAUUGGCGAGAACAAAAUGUGAGAAUAAUGGGCAACUAUGUGAUUCCAGAAGAGUUUGAAGACACGGGGAAGAAUCCUCUACAUAUGCUAUGUUUGCGCAAGGAUUUCAAAAAAGAUAGUGACAACAAUUUUCAAAAUAUGGCAAAGCUGUUCAUCGACUCUGGAAUCGAUAUCAACGAUACUUACUUAGGACUGAACGCUUUAGAACUGGCUAUAUUAUCAGGAAAUUUGAAGUUGGUAGAGUUUCUCUUGAAGACAGGUCUCUUAGAUCCCCACAGACUGAUAGAUCCUUGCAUAGGAAAUACUCUGACAUUAUUUUUGUCUGAGAGAUUCAGAGAUAUCCUACCUCUUGAUGAAUGUAAACAGAUGAUAGAGUUAUUAGUGAACUUUGGGGUGAACCCAUUAUACAAGGUUGGUGAUUACGAAAAUGUGAUAGAGUUCAUGGAGAGAGACGAUGGCAAUGCCAGAAGUAAGAAAGGAGAGGCUCCCAAGAAAGCCAAUGAGACACAAAUAACUUUGAAAAACCUCCUGAAGAACCUGGCAAGAAAAAUGAUAUUGAAAGAUAUUGGUGUCAAGGCAGUGGAGUAUCUGUACAACCUAGCUGAAGCUGAUCUACUAGAUAACGAAGGAGUCCAAGUUUUAGCGGAAUAUUUAACGACGGAACAGUUUCUCGAAAAUCUUAAAGUUAUAUUCGAACAUGGUAAAAUCCCAAUCGAUAGAUUUGAUACAAUGAUCUGCCAGAAGGUAUUAGAUUUUGUUAGGAAGAAUAGGAAACAGCCCAAGACAAGUAAGAAGCAAAAAAGUAAGCUCCAACUUACAAAAUCUGACCUAAAUAAUUUUAAUUUUGAUAGUCUCCUUGAUUCAAUCAGAAUAGAUUUGAAACAUAGCCGUAGUAACGUUAAUCAUGAAGUAUGUUUCCAAUGCUUGAAAAGUCAUGAGAAGACUUUGACCAAGUGUCCUAAAUGUGAGUUGUUAUAUUUUUGUUCAAUCCAGUGUAACAAAGCCAAUUUGAAACAAAAAAAUAACGAGCAUGUAUGUGCUUUAAACGUUUUUGAACAUACUGGUGAAUGGGUAACUGAUGUAGUUGGACUGAUAGAACUUUGCAAAAAAGCUGAGUAUAAGAACCAAAUGACAUAUCUGGAGAGGAAACGGAAGCAGGAAGACUUAAGACGAAAAGAGGAAGAGGAUGAGAGGAGGAAAGAUAUAUAUGGAUAUAGAAACUCGCAUAAAGCAUUCGUUAAAUCGAGCAAAUGUCCAGUUAGUCGCAAUGAAAAUUGUAAUAGAAAAAAGAGUGAUGAUCGAUUGCAAUAUGAGCCUUCAGCUAUAUCUUCAAAGUCUGGUAAAGCUAGUACUCUUGUUACUGCUAGUAAUUUGAGUACAUCGUUGAGUAUUGCAUUAGAUGAAAAACUACAAAGAUUGAGUAUGGUUGAAAAACUCGCAGAAAAAGAAAAAGUGAACAAGAAACAUAAAAUUACUCAGUUUUCUAAAAGAAAAAUUCAGAAGCUGGAUCGCCCUAAUUGUGGAUCAUCAGCUUGUAUGGUAGCUAGAAAUGGUAAAGAGAUUAUUUCUCGAUUCGAAGUCCUGCCCAACCUGGAGGAACCAUAUAUAACUGCAAGAAAAACUACAAAGAAACUUCCUGAGAGAACGAAGUUUUUCAUAGAGCUGCUCAAAAACUAUUUCCCGAAUGUAGAUUUGUCUUUUCUUAUAGUACCAUACAUUUGUUAUGCUGAUGGUCACUUGUACUAUCAGUUUUCUGACGAAAACCAAUGUGAAAAUUAUAGCAUGACAUGAUAUAUAAAUACGAAUCAGUCGUUACGAAUUGUGAAAAUGGAUUAACACAAAUUAUUUGUUGAACGUAACUCUAUAUUUCGUAAACACAUAUUCCAUCCACAGCGUAUAUUUCACUUUGCUAGAUAUAUUUCAGCUCUGGUUGAUAGAUGAUAAAUAGCAUUGUGUCAUGAUCUGUGAAAUUCGUUCUGUGAAUUCAUUGAAACGUACAGUCAAAAUACAAAUAACAUUUCGCGGUUGGAUGGUAUAGAGUACGUAGUAGUUUGAAAAAUUUUUUUGGGGGGGGUUAUGUUAUUUCGAAAAAAUUCCUGGGGAACACAUGUGAUAGUCAUAUUUGAGAAAUUUGAAGAAGGGAGCCGAAUUCUCAAAAAAUGCGCCGCAAGCGAAAUGUUUACGUUUUUAAAAUUCAUUUAUAUCGAAUCGAACGUUAUUAUUUUGGGUCACAAUAAU